CAAUUCGAAUUUUUCUGUCGUGGCGGUCGGAUGGUGUGCGCUUGUUCGGGAUUAUGCAGAUGAACACAUAUAAAUAAAUGACAAUUAAAUAUUACUAAUAAGAGGCCGCAUCACGGCCCGCCCUCCCUGAAAACAGUGUGCAGUGUGUGUUAUGUGCUACGUGUUGUGUCCCGCCCCUGUCCUUGUUCCCGUUCCCGCUUCCGAGCAGAAGAAUAAUUUGUGUUAAUUGCAUUAAGCAACGGUAAAGAUUGCCGAAAAAUAUUUGCAACCAAACAAACAACGAGAAGGAGAAGCAAAAAGCAAGCGGAAAGCAAAGCCCAAAAGGCUGCCUGCACCAAGUGAACAAACGGUUCUUCAACGCACUCUCUUUUUGGGCCUGCUGUCGCCGAGCUGCAAAAACAACAAGAACAGCAGCAGAGGCAGAGAGUGGGAGACAGACGACAGCGAUAUCGACAAAACGCAGAUCAUAACGGUUCGCGCGUACGAAACAAAUGCAAACGACAGACGAAAGAAACGCCAAAAGAAGGAAGCUAAGAAACACAACAGAAAGUUUGCUGUGAUAUAGACAACAACAAAUAUCGGAACAUUGAUCUGAUCUCUCGAUCAGAAUCAGAAUAUUCGUGGACCACAAAGUGAAAGGGCAAAAAAGCUGCGCUGGCUUCAAUGCAACUUCGCGUGCACCCUACCAUGGACUGUAGCGGCCGUUCAAAUAGCAAUAUUGAACGCGAUUCCGAUUUGGGCGACGAUCUGUCACAUGGUGAUCGAACGGACGACGAGAUGCGCGACUGCGACUCCGUGGAUGGGGAGCAUCAUCAGCUGAGCGCCAAGGCGGCAAUUGCGGCCAGACUCAGUCACACAGCGGCCGGAGGAGGCGGCGGCCACAACUUUGCCAGUCCCGAGCAGCAGACAGAAUUGUCGCUGAGCCAUCAUCACCAGUUGCCGCCAAAUCAUCCGCUCAAUGCGCUGGGCAGCUUCAUGGGCAUCGGGGGACUACACAGCAUUCCAAGUCUGCAGCACAGCGACGUGCUGGAGAAGCUAAAGAUGCAGGUGCGCGACAUGAAGGUGGGACUAAUGGAACAGGACUAUGCAGCCGCGGCACAUGCCGCUGCCUUCGGGGCCAAUAUGCUGCCCACGACAAUUAGCGCGGGCUUCACACUGCCACACAAUUCGGUGGCUGCAGCCGCGGCGGCUGCCUCCUUUGGCCAUGUGGCAGCGGCGCCCACCGCCAGCAAUGGUGGCAGCUACAAUGGUGGGGGUGUCGCGACACCAGCUACGGGCAGCAAUGCAGCAGCAGCCACCAAUGGAGGCAGUCACUCCAGCCACAACAGCAGCAGCAGCGGUGGUGGAGGAGGAGGAGGAGGAGGCGCAGGACCUGGAGGAGGCAACGGCAACGGCAACGCUGGUGGACAUCCCUUUUCGUUUGCAUCGCCCACAGCUGUGGCAGGCGGCGGCGGAGGCGGCGGAGGCGGAGGCGGCAAAGAAGCCCGCCACUUUGCAGCCAAUUCCGCAUCGAACUCAUCGACGUCCAGCGAGGCAUCGAAUUCGUCGCAGCAAAAUAAUGGAUGGAGCUUCGAGGAGCAAUACAAACAAGUCAGACAGCUCUAUGAAAUCAAUGACGAUCCCAAGCGCAAGGAGUUCCUCGAUGAUUUGUUCUCGUUUAUGCAAAAGCGCGGCACGCCCAUCAAUCGGCUGCCCAUUAUGGCCAAGUCCGUGCUGGAUUUGUAUGAGCUGUACAAUCUGGUGAUUGCACGCGGCGGCCUCGUCGAUGUCAUCAACAAGAAGCUGUGGCAGGAGAUCAUCAAGGGACUGCAUCUGCCGUCGAGCAUCACCAGUGCGGCGUUCACACUGCGGACACAAUACAUGAAGUAUCUGUAUCCGUACGAGUGCGAGAAGAAGAACCUGAGCACACCGGCCGAGCUGCAGGCGGCCAUCGAUGGCAAUCGGCGGGAAGGACGCCGCUCCAGCUACGGCCAGUACGAGGCCAUGCACAAUCAGAUGCCACUGACGCCCAUUUCGCGGCCUUCGCUGCCGGGUGGCAUGCAGCAGAUGUCGCCACUGGCUCUGGUCACACAUGCGGCGGUGGCCAACAAUCAGCAGGCGCAGGCGGCAGCCGCCGCAGCGGCCGCACAUCAUCGACUGAUGGGUGCGCCGGGUUUCGGCCAGAUGCCCAAUCUCGUCAAGCAGGAGAUCGAGAGCCGCAUGAUGGAGUAUCUGCAGCUGAUUCAGGCCAAGAAGGAGCAGGGCAUGACGCCAGUCCUGGGCGCCACACAUCCCCACCAUCAGCAUCAGCACCAGCAGCAGCAGCAGCAGCAGCAGCAGCAGCAGCAGACGCCGUCACAGCAGCAUCAGCACCAGCAGCAGCAGCAGCAGCAUCUCCUUCAGCAGCAACAGCAGCAGCAGCGGCAGCGAUCACAGAGUCCGGACAUAAGCAAGCACGAUGCGCUUAGCGCACAGGUGGCACUGUGGCACAUGUACCACAACAACAACAGUCCACCAGGAUCGGCACACACCUCACCACAGCAACGCGAAGCCCUGAACCUCUCCGACUCACCACCGAAUCUCACAAACAUCAAAAGAGAACGCGAACGGGAGCCAACGCCAGAGCCCGUGGAGCAGGACGAUGGACCGCAUCACCCACCGCCGGCCAAGCGAGGGGGCAGCAGCCUCCUGCCGCCCGGCUUUCCCGCCAAUUUCUAUCUAAAUCCACACAACAUGGCCGCCGUGGCGGCAGCAGCGGGCUUCCAUCAUCAGGCGAACAGCGGCCAUGGACACGGGCACCAGCAGGACGCCACCUCCGAGGGUGAGCCCGAGGACGAGUACGGCCAUGCAGAGCACAACACCACGGGCAAUUCCUCGUCCAUGCACGACGAUGGUGAGGUUCAGCAGAUGAACGGACACCACCAUCAUCAUCAUCAUCAUCAGAGCCAUCAGCUGGACAAGUCGGAUGAUUCGGCCAUUGAGAACUCGCCCAGCACAUCCACCACCACAGCCUCCGUGGGCCAUCGCCACAGUUCGCCCGUGUCCACGAAGAAGAAGAGCGGCGGCAAGGCGUCCAACCAGGCCAGCGGCAAGGAUCAGCCUGGGGAGGAGAAGUGUGGCGGCAGCUCCAAAAUGAAUCCCCUGGACACGCUCAGUCUGCUCUCGGGCAUGCAGUUCCAGGUGGCCAGGAAUGGCACUAGCGAGAACGGAGAACAGCAGCUCGUUGUUAAUCUGGAGCUGAAUGGCAUCAAGUACUCGGGUGUCCUAGUGGCGAACGCUCCCAUCCCCAGCCAGGCGGAGACCAGAACGGGAUCGCCAUGCGCCGAGCCAGCGGCCGAUGAGGACGACGAGGAGGAGGAGGAGGAGCAGGAAGAGCAAGCGUCGCAUGCCGUCGACGACGAGCCUCAACGUUCGCCAGUCAAAGAAGAAGCCAACGAGGAGACAGACCAGGAUAUGGACACCAGUGCUGCUGCCAUUGUGAAUGGUGGGGGGACUGUGGGAGUGGGUGGCGGUGUGGGUAUGUCCCUGCUGAAGGAUGCGGUGCUCAGUUCGUAGGCCAGCCAGGGGAAAAGUAUCGAGAGAGGAAUACCAAAGUCAUAUUUUUCAGAAAAAUACAAAAAGAAGUAAAACUCACACACACACACACAGAUGCAUCAAACAGCAACCUACAUAUAUGUAUAUACACACACACACACACACACAUGCAGCGACAGAGCAGUAGAAUAGAUGUGAGAUAUUGUAAGAUGGAAAUAAUGCAUCCCAUUGUUCGGUCGUAACAAGAGGCAGAAACGAAUCGAAGUGGUUCGAAUCAAAGGUUUUUAUUUAUGUACCCGCACCAAGACUAGCCGCAGAUCAUAUAUAAAUAGCAUACAUAACAGAUACAUAAGAUAUAUAUAUGGAUAUAUGGAUAUAGAUAUGUGUAUAUGGCUGUACAUGUCUGUUCAAUUUCCACAUUUUGCAUAAAAGACACAAGCUGGGGCGAGCGAGCAUUGAUUGUAUGUAGUUACUGAUAGAUUCCUACACAUAAGCAACACACACACACACACACACACACACACAUAGGCUAACCAGAAAUCAGUUUUGUUUUUAGCCAUUCAACCUUAAAUCAUUAUUAUGAUUAUUAUUAUUAUUUUGUGUUAGGGCUUGAAAGCUUCUUCUGUACAUAUCAAAUCAAUAUGUAACACACACACACACACACACACACACAUCUAUAUAUAUACUUAUAUAUAUUUACAUAAUUAUAAGCACACAUUCAUAAACCAUUAUGACCACAUUGAGUACGCAGCAUCAACAUCAUCAUCGUAGACAUAUUUUUAGACGUAGCGCCUAAACAAAAGUAAUAAUUAUAAAUGUAUUUGUCGUAAAAUUAAAUUGCGCUCUUGGCC